GUACGAAUUGUCUACUUCCUGUCGCGUCACUUUUUUUCCACUUUCAUUUCGGGCAAGAAGAGACAGUAUUCCAGAUAAGUAUUGAUUUGCACAAAGACAAUGGACAACGGACACUUUGACGUGUUUCCUCCGUUGGAGAGAAUACAGAAGGAUGCACAUGUGUCAUCCUUUGAGCAGUACAAGGAGAUGUACAAGCAAUCCGUAGAGGACCCCGCCGGCUUUUGGAGGGAGAUUUCAAAACAAUUCUUUUGGAAGUCUCCCCCAACUGGAGAAUUCCUUCAGUAUAACUUUGAUUGUCGCAAGGGUCCCAUCUUUAUCAAGUGGAUGGAUGGAGCACAGACCAAUAUAUGUUACAAUACUCUUGAUAGAAACAUUGAGAGGGGAAUGGGGAACAAGAUCGCCUUCUACUGGGAAGGCAACAACCCAGAAGAUGUUGGCUCCAUCACAUAUCAGAAGUUAUUGGAAGAAGUCUGCAAGUUUGCCAAUGUCCUCAAAAAGAUUGGUGUUCAGAAGGGAGACAGGGUAGCUAUUUAUAUGCCUAUGAUACUGGAACUCAUUGUCGCCAUGUUGGCUUGUGCUCGAAUCGGGGCAGUUCACUCCAUCAUUUUUGCAGGGUAUUCCUCUGACUCUCUAGCUGACAGAAUCCUGGAUGCUCAGUGCCAUGUUGUCAUCACAGCUGAUGGAGUUUGGAGAGGGAUAAAGCUGUUAAACGUGAAGAAGAUAGUAGACGAUGCUGUAGAUAUUUGUCGCAAAUCUAAUCAUGAGGUUCGUACGUGUAUUGUCGUGAGACAUCUCUCUCCAUCAGAAGAACAGAUACAGACCCUGAAGCACGACGAGACCACAGAACCACCAGCAAAUCGACCUUCACUGAAACUCAAGAUUUCUUGGAAUGAAGGUAGGGACAUCUGGUGGCACGAUAUAAUGGCUGGACAGUCUACAGAGUGUGAGGUGGAGUGGAUGCAGGCAGAGAACCCACUCUUUAUGCUCUACACAAGUGGUUCCACAGGGAAGCCUAAGGGAGUACUCCACACUGUGGCGGGAUACAUGCUGUUCUCCGCCACCACCUUUAAGUACUCGUUUGAUUACCACCCUGACGAGGUGUACUGGUGCACCGCAGACGUCGGAUGGAUCACUGGUCACACCUACACGUGUUACGGUCCACUGAACAACGGAGCCACAGGAAUAAUCUUUGAAGGAGUGCCAUUUUACCCCGAUGCUGGUCGGUUCUGGGCCAUCAUAGAGAAAUACAAAGUGGCCAAGUUCUACACGGCCCCAACCGCCAUCCGAGCCCUGAUGAAGUACGGGGAUAGCCAUGUCACAAAGUAUGAUAGGAGCAGUCUGAAGGUCCUGGGUACUGUGGGUGAACCGAUUAACCCCGAGGCCUGGCUGUGGUACUAUAAUGUAGUGGGGGAUAAGAAGUGUGCCAUCGUAGACACAUUCUGGCAAACAGAAACAGGAGGUCAUGUGAUCACCCCACUCCCAGGAGCUACUACCACCAAACCCGGCUCUGCUACAUUUCCGUUCUUUGGAGUUGUUCCUGUCAUCCUAGAUGAGGAGGGAAGAGAAAUCACAGAGGCUGAUAAAGAGGGAUAUCUGGUGUUUAAGCAGCCCUGGCCUGGUAUAAUGAGAACUGUGUAUGGUAACCACGAGAGAUUCGAGACAACUUACUUUAAAAAGUUCCCAGGCUACUACUGCACAGGGGAUGGAGGUAAGAAGGACAGUGAUGGGUAUAUCUGGGUCACGGGGAGGAUAGAUGACAUGGUAAAUGUCUCGGGGCACCUGCUGAGCACCGCCGAGAUCGAGUCUUCUCUGGUGGAACACCCCAAAGUCGCUGAGGCAGCUGUUGUAUCUCACCCCCACAAAAUUAAGGGCGAGUGUACCUACUGCUUUGUCACACUCAAGGAGAAUGAAACAUUUACCGAGGAAUUGGGCAGUGAACUUAAGAUGAAAGUGAGAACAAAAAUUGGUCCAUUUGCAAUGCCAGAUUUUGUUCAGAAUGCCCCAAGUCUGCCAAAAACCAGGUCUGGUAAAAUAAUGCGGCGAAUUCUACGUAAGAUUGCGGUCGGGGAUCGUAACGUGGGUGACAUCACAACUCUUGCGGACGACACUGUGAUUGAUACUUUGUUCGGUCUUCGUCCAGAUAACGCAUAAUAGAAUAGAUCAUUUAACCUACAGGGACCAUCAAUACACUCAGUACUUACAUUAGACAGACGUGCCAAUUGUUAUAAAAAUGAGAGAUACAGAAUCAAGUAAUGUUGUGAUGCCUUAAACUUUUCCAACAUUUGUCAUUUAAUCAUGUUGUCAAUCUAUUCACACUGUAUAAGAUUCCAUGACAAUUAAAUCAAUCUGAUUCAAUUCACAGCAGAUAAUCAAAGAUAAGGGAGAAUAGCAUAUUUUUCCAAGGAUUUGAGUUGAUCAUACUCAUGUAUCACUUGUUUCUACUUAUUCCUAAGUACAUGUAUACUGAUGUGCAAUGUUAGAUUUACAAAUUUUCUUGAAUUUUAUGUUCAUAGUAGGAACUUGUUUAAAAAACCUCUUAUGAACAAGUUUUUACUUAGUAUAAUGAAAAGUGAACAAAAUUUUUAAAGAAGAAAAAAAACAGAUGUUGUCAUGAACACUGAUUAAAGUGUGAAGGGAA